AAAUCAUAAAUAUGAAAAAUCUUUUUGACUUUACAAGUCUUGGUUGGUUCCACUUGAAAUCUUUUUGACAUUUUCUUUGAUCCUAUAGCCAAAGCACAAAAUCAUCAACUUUCAAAUAAUUCAAAUAUGACACAAACUCUUUAAAGUUGUAACAAAUUUUUUGAGGAGUUAUGAAUGGAAAGCUUCAAGGUGCUUCUAGCUUAUUGCUUUCUAUUCUUCAACUUCAUACCAACCUUUAACACCUUAGAAACCAUUGUUCUAGGACAAUCUCUCAAACAUAAUGAGACACUAAUCUCAGAAAAUGGAACUUUUGAAGCUGGUUUCUUCAACUUUGGAGAUUCAAAUAACCAAUAUUUUGGUAUAUGGUAUAAGGAUAUUUCACCACAAACUAUUGUGUGGAUAGCAAAUAGAGAUGAUCCAUUAGGAAACUCAGCAGGAACUUUGAAUGUCACAGAUAAAGGAACUCUUAUUGUUCUUGAUUCAAAAGGGGUUAUAUGGUCUUCUGAUUCAUCAAAAACAGCAACAAAUGUUACAAAACCAAUUGUUCAACUCUUGGAAAAUGGAAACCUUAUUGUGAAAGAUGAAACCAACCCAGAUGAUAUUUUGUGGCAAAGUUUCGAUACUCCUGGUGAUACUUUACUACCUGGUAUGAAAGUUAGAAGCAGUUUAGUAAAUAGUGAUAAAAAGGGUUUGGUUUCUUGGAGAGAUACACAAGAUCCUGCAACUGGUUUAUAUUCGUAUCGUAUAGAUACUAAUGGUUUACCUCAAGUAGCGAUUGAACAAGGAAACUCAUUUUAUGUCAGAAUAGGAUCAUGGAAUGGAAAUAUGUUAGCCGGAAUUCCUGCUAUGAUACUUUACGAUUUCCUUAAUUUUACAUUAGUGACUACUGAUAAGGAAGUUUCUUAUGGAUAUCAACUUUUGGACAAGUCAAUUGUUUCAAGAUACAAGCUCACUUCAUCCGGUCAAAUAGCACGUUACGUGUUGGAUGAGCAGACAAAGAAUUGGAGUCUUUCAUUUCUUGGCCCUUCAGAUAGUUGUGAUCAUUAUGUUACCUGUGGUGCAAAUUCUAAUUGUGAUCCUAAUAACACACCAUCAAAAAUAUGUGAAUGUCUUGAAGGUUUCAUUCCAAAGUCUCAAGAAAAGUGGAAUUUGCAGAAAUGGUCGGAUGGUUGUGUUAGGAGAGUUAAGUUAGAUUGUGACAACAGGGAUAAAUUUUAUAAGAUUGUGGGAAUGAAGUUGCCAGAUACAUCAAAAUCUUGGUUUAAUAAGAGCAUGAACCUUGAUGAAUGUGAGAGAUUCUGUAAGAGAAACUGUAAUUGCACAGCAUAUGCAAAUUUAGAUGUCAGAAAUGGUGGAAGUGGUUGCUUGCUUUGGUUUAAUAGCAUUAUGGAUGUCAAAAAACUAAGCUCUGGAGGACAAGACAUUUACAUCAGAGUUGCAGCUUCAGAACUAGACCAUAAAAAAGGCAUCAACAAGAAGCUUGCUGGAAUUCUAGCAAGCUUAAGUUUGUUUAUUAUGAUCAUGAUAAUUCUUGGAGUCUCCAUAUAUCGGAAUCGGAGGAAGAAACUAGAGAAUCCAGGGCUGGUUCAAGUAUUUAGCUUCAAUAAUCAAACUGAUAACAAAGAAAAUGAAGAUAUUGACAUACCAAUAUUUGAUCUACCAACCAUAGCUAAUGCAACCAAUAACUUUUCCAUUGAUAACAAAUUGGGGCAAGGAGGAUUUGGACCAGUUUACAAGGGUAAAUUGGAAAAUGGACAAGAUAUAGCUGUGAAGAGGCUUUCCAAUACUUCAGCACAAGGACCAAAAGAAUUCAUAAAUGAAGUUAAACUAAUUGCAAAUCUUCAGCACAGAAAUCUUGUGAAACUACUUGGCUGUUGCAUUCAUCAUGAUGAGAGACUCUUGAUAUAUGAAUUCAUGAUCAAUAGAAGCUUGGACUACUUCAUUUUUGAUCAAACUAGAAAAAAAUUACUCGGUUGGACUCGACGAUUUCAAAUUAUUUGUGGGAUUGCUCGAGGACUACUUUAUCUUCACGAAGAUUCAAGAUUAAGGAUUAUCCACAGAGAUCUCAAGACCAGUAAUAUUCUUCUAGGUGAAAAUAUGAAUCCUAAAAUAUCAGACUUUGGUCUUGCUAGAACAUUAUGGGGAGAUGAGGCAGAAGUGGAAACAAAUAAAGUAGUAGGAACUCACGGUUACAUAUCUCCAGAGUAUGCAGCACGUGGAUUUUUCUCAGUGAAAUCUGAUGUCUUUAGUUUCGGCGUUAUUAUACUAGAGACGAUAAGUGGAAAAAAGAACAGGGAAUAUAGUGACCAUCAUAAUCUUGACCUUCUUGGAUAUGCAUGGAGAAUGUGGUGUGAAACAACGCCGUUGAAGCUGAUAGACGAAACUCUAAGCGAUUCAAUUGUUGUAGCUGAAGCUGAAGUAUUGAGAUGUAUUCAGAUAGGGCUUUUAUGUGUGCAAGAGAGACCUGAUGACAGGCCCGACAUGUCAGCUGCAGUUCUAAUGCUGAAUGGUGAAAAAGCAUUGCCGAAGCCAAAGGAACCAGCCUUUUAUCCACACCAAUUAGGAUCUUCAUCAGGAACUACUGUGCUGCAUUCAAAUAAUGAAGUUUCCAUAACAUUGUUAGAUGCAAGAUAGUAUAUAUGAAACCAAAGCCAAUUUUCCUGUCAAUAUUAAUUUGGCUUUUGUUUACAAGCACUUAACUACAAAAGAAACUUCUGGUAAAAGAUUUUCUUUGUCUUUGUACACCUUUAGCUUUUUACCAUUUUUCAGCUUCAAUUCAUUGAAAGUGUUAUUAGAUUGAUUAGAGGCUUAAUUAUUUUGGUGCAAGGCAUCUUUUUAUUUGUAUAAAAAUUGAGGAUGAACAAAUAUUAUUAAUUAACCUGGCACAAAUGACAAUUUUGCAAUCAUAUCCGAGGAGAUUUGAAUUCCUACCCUUAAGGUUACAAACAAGGUCAGACUCUUAUCACUGUGCUAAUAGACUCACACUGGCUGAGAUAUGGUCAGCCAAUUGUUUGUAA